AUGGCAAAAGCUCAGGUUCUAACAUCCCACCGUCUUUCUGAUGGCUGGACAUUCAAGCAAGCAGAUGAUACAGCCGAAGAUGCCUGGAUGUCGGUCAAGACAGUCCCAACGAAUGUUCACUUGGACCUGAUUGAGCAUGGAAAAAUACCGGACCCAUUCCUAGGCUUCAAUGAACUGAAGGCAGAGUGGGUUGCUGACAAGGCCUGGACAUACAAACUCUCACUACCUAAAGUCCAAGAGGCGAAAGAUAGCACGGUUCAUUCCCUGACUUUCGACGGCCUCGACACGUUUGCAACUGUCAAGCUCAAUGGAGAAAUCAUUCUCGAAAGCGACAACAUGUUCAUCCCGCAUCGCGUUGAUGUCACAAAACGGCUGAAGCCGGAAGUGGAAAACACCCUAGAGAUAGACUUCAAAUCAGCACGCUUGGAAGCGAUCAAAAUUCGAGAAGCACAUCCUGAACAUACCUGGGUAGGUUUCAACGGCGAUAUGUCGCGACUCGCGGUCAGGAAAGCACAGUACCAUUGGGGCUGGGACUGGGGCCCAAUACUCAAUACGUGCGGUCCGUGGCGUGAAGUACGACUUGAAACCUAUCAAGCUCGUUUGGAGGACGUACGGGUCGACUACAAGCUAGACGAAAGUCUGAAGUCCGUAAAGGGUACUAUCUCAGCGGUGGUUGAGGGCACGUCGGCGAAGAGUGUGACAUUCCAAGUACAGGACGGCGACAAACAGGUGUUCAGAGAAACUGCCAGUGUCAGCAAUGGAGUAGCCAAAGUUGAGUUUCACGUAAACAACCCAAAGUUGUGGUACCCACACGGCUACGGUAAGCAACCGCUUUACAAAGUCACAGCAACAGUAUCAGCCAACGAUGUCAAUCUGCACUCGAUCACACGCCGUACCGGCUUCCGCAAAGGAGAGCUGGUUCAAGAGCCUGAUAAGAUUGGAAAGACGUUCUUCUUCCGCAUUAACGGCGUCGACGUUUUCUGUGGUGGCUCGGAUUGGAUUCCUGCAGACAACUUUACGCCAAGAAUCACUGAAGACAAGUACCGAAAGUGGUUGGAGAUGAUGGUUGAUGGAUAUCAGGUCAUGAUCAGAGUAUGGGGUGGGGGUAUCUGGGAAGAAGACAUUUUCUACGAACUCUGCGACGAGCUUGGCAUCUUGGUAUGGCAAGACUUUAUGUUUGGCUGCGGCAACUAUCCUGCAUUCCCUGAGAUCUUGAGGUCGAUCAAGGAAGAGUGCAUCUCGAAUGUAGCUCGACUACGACAUCAUCCUUCACUUGUUAUCUAUGCCGGUAACAACGAAGACUAUCAAGUGCAGGAGUCAUUUGGGUUGACGUACAACUACGAGGACAAGGACCCAGAGAGCUGGCUCAAAACCGACUUCCCCGCUAGAUACAUCUACGAGAAGAUCCUUCCUGAAGCCGUCGCUGCCGAAAGCCCACACAUACCCUACCACCCAGGUUCACCCUGGGGUGACGGACUGAAAACCUCGAACACUACAGUCGGAGAUAUGCAUCAAUGGAACGUAUGGCACGGUACACAAGAGAAGUACCAAAUCUUUGACACGCUGGGUGGCCGGUUCAACAGCGAGUUUGGGAUGGAGGCAUUUCCCCACAUCGACACCAUCAGAUACUACUGCACUGAUCCCACACAGCUUUUCCCUCAAAGUCACAUGUUGGAUUUUCACAACAAAGCAGAUGGCCAUGAGCGAAGAAUCGCGACGUACCUUGUGGAGAACUUCCGCACUAAGACAGAUCUCGAGGCGUUCAUCCAUCUUACCCAGUUGUCCCAGGCUGAAGCUUUGAUGUUCGGCUACCGAGGUUGGAGGCGACAGUGGGGCCAAGAGCGUUUCUGCGGAGGCGCUCUUGUGUGGCAGCUUAACGACUGCUGGCCAGUGACAUCAUGGUCCAUUGUCGACUACUUCCAGCGAAAGAAGCCAGCUUAUUACGCUAUGCGCCGUGUUCUCGCGCCCAUAGCCGUUGCAGUCAAGCGUGCGCACUUCGAUUGGAGCGUCGUACAUGCACGAGUCCCACCCAAGAGCGACUUCGAGUUGUGGGUUGCAUGUCAAAAGCAAGAACGAGUGAAGGCAACGGUGGAGCUGAGAUUCAUCAGCAUAAAGACCGGCAAAGAGAUCAAGGACAGAGUUGUGAAGGAAGAUAUCAUCCUGGUCCAAAACGGUACAACCGAUGUGCUGUCAGGCACCAUCGACAAUAUUAAUGAGGAGCCACACGUGCUUGCAGCGCGCAUAUGGGUCGGUGGCGAGGUGGUGUCGAGAGAUGUUGAUUGGCCACAGCCAUUGAAGUACCUUGACUUUGAUGAUCGUGGCCUUGAGGUUGUGCCUCAGGGCAACACAAUCCUGGUCAAGGCGGCUAAGCCUACAAAGGGUCUUGUCUUUGAGGAAAGAUCGGGUGUACUCGUCCAUGACAGUGCAAUCGACGUGGUUCCCGGCGAUGAACAGAUCAUCAAAGUGCGAGGGCUGGUUAAACAGGAUGAGCCUCUGAAGUGGAGAUAUCUGGGCAAAGACUGA